AUGACGACAUCAGCGCUGCGGCGCCAGGUGAAGAACAUCGUGCACAACUACUCGGAAGCAGAGAUCAAGGUGCGCGAAGCCACCAGCAAUGACCCGUGGGGUCCGCCCAGCUCGCUCAUGUCGGAGAUUGCCGAUCUGACCUUCAACACGGUGGCCUUUGCCGAGGUCAUGGGCAUGCUGUGGCGGCGGCUCAAUGACAGCGGCAAGAACUGGCGGCACGUGUACAAGGCGCUGACGCUGCUGGACUACCUGCUCAAGACGGGCUCCGAGCGGGUGGCCCACCAGUGCCGGGAGAACCUCUACACCAUCCAGACGCUCAAGGACUUCCAGUACAUCGACCGCGACGGCAAGGACCAGGGUGUCAACGUGCGCGAGAAGGUCAAGCAGGUGAUGGCCCUGCUCAGGGACGAGGAGCGCCUCCGGGAGGAGCGGACCCACGCCCUCAAGACCAAGGAGCGCAUGGCGUUGGAGGGCACGGGCAUCGGCAGCGGGCAGCUGGGCUUCAGCCGCGCCCGCGGCUCCCCGGCCUCCUACAGCUCCUCCUCCUCAUCUCCCCGCUACACCUCCGACCUAGAGCAGGCCCGGCCCCAGACGUCAGGGGAAGAGGAGCUGCAGCUGCAGCUGGCCCUGGCCAUGAGCCGCGAGGAGGCUGAGAAGCUGGUCCCCCCAGCCUCCCACAGGGACGAGGACCUGCAGCUGCAGCUGGCUCUGCACCUGAGCCGGCAGGAGCAGGAGAAGGAGGUGAGGUCCUGGCGGGGAGAUGACUCCCCUGUGGCCAAUGGUGCUGGGGCCGGACCCCACCGUCGUCGGGACAGAGAGCCCGAAAGAGAAGAGAGAGAGGAGGAGAAGCUGAAAACCACCCAGUCCUCCAUCCUGGACUUGGUGGAUAUCUUCGCACCAGCCCCAGCCCUGCCCUCCACACACAGUUCUGCGGACCCAUGGGACAUCCCAGGUCUCAGGCCCAACACAGAGCCCAGUGGCUCGUCCUGGGGGCCUUCGGCAGACCCCUGGUCUCCAGUCCGCUCAGGAAGCAUCCUGUCCCAAAGCCAACCCUGGAGCUUGCCCCCUAUGUUCUCCUCCUCUGAGCCCUGGGGCCGGACCCCAGUGCCGCCUGCUGGACCACCCCCCACAGACUCCUGGGCACAGAACUCCCCCCACCACAACCUCCCCAACACUGGGGCCGACCCCUGGGGGGCCUUGGUGGAGACCUCCAACACACCUGUGCUAGAUGGUACCUCGACCUUUGACCCAUUUGCCAAGCCUCCAGUAUCCACAGAGACCAAGGAGGGGCUCGAGUGUGCCCAGGCCCUGCCCUCUGGGAAGCCCAGCAGUCCUGUGGAGCUGGACCUGUUUGGAGACCCCGACCCCAGUUCCAAGCAAAAUGGCACAAAGGAGCCAGACGCCUUUGACCUGGAUGUGCUGGGGGAGGCACUAACCCAGCCCAGCAAGGACACCCCAGCGCGCCGGACUCCUGAGUCCUUCCUGGGCCCCUCGGCCUCCUCCUUGGUCAACCUUGACUCAUUAGUCAAGGCGCCCCAGGCUGCAAAGACCCGGAACCCCUUCCUAACAGGUUUCAGCACUCCAUCCCCCACCAACCCGUUCGGCGGGGGCGACCAGGGCAGGCCGACCCUGAACCAGAUGCGCACCGGGUCGCCGGCGCUGGGCCUGGCUGCCGGUGGGCCGGUCGGCGGCUCCCUGCCCUACAGCGCCUCCCUGCCGCUCCCGCUUAGCAGCGUGCCGGCCGCCGUGACCCUGCCCGCCUCGGUCAGCGUCUUCCCCCAAGCCCGCGCCUUCACGCCGCCGUCCCCUGGGAGCCUGCCGCAGCCUCUGCUGCCCACCUCAGGCCCCGCGGGGCUGCUCAACCAACCCCCGCAGGCCAGCACCAACCCUUUCCUCUGA